GGUGCCGGUGUCCCCAGAAGGAGUUGCAGCGGGAGCAGCUGGAGGGGACCAUGGCCAACUGUGAACGUACCUUCAUUGCCAUCAAGCCUGAUGGGGUCCAGCGCAGCCUCGUGGGAGAAAUCAUCAAGCGUUUUGAGCAAAAGGGAUUCCGCCUUGUUGCUAUGAAAUUAAUUCAGGCUUCUGAAGACCUUCUCAAGGAGCACUACAUCGACCUGAAGGACCGUCCCUUCUUUGCCGGCUUGGUCAAAUACAUGCAGUCAGGGCCCGUGGUUGCCAUGGUCUGGGAGGGCCUGAAUGUGGUGAAGACAGGCCGAGUGAUGCUCGGGGAGACCAACCCUGCAGACUCCAAGCCUGGGACCAUCCGUGGGGACUUCUGCAUCCAAGUUGGCAGGAACAUUAUCCACGGCAGCGACUCUGUGGAGAGUGCAGAAAAGGAGAUUGGCUUGUGGUUCCAGCCUGAAGAGCUGGUGGAUUAUAAGAGCUGCGCUCAGAGCUGGAUCUACGAGUGACCGGAGAGCAGACCUCCAUGCUUUGUUCAUUCCGUUCCCUCUCCCUCCCCUGAGCAGGGGGCCAGGCUCUCACAAAUUCACUUAAUUUUGAGACCUUCCUUCUAACCUGGAGGGCAUUUCCUGGAGCUGGGUGUGCUCACUGUACAGUAUUAUGUGCUGCCGUCAAAUUAAAAUAUUUCAUCCCAACAUA